CUAUCUCCUGUCUCGAGGCGUAGUCAAGAGUCAGUAUCGAGUUGCGCUGCUCACUGACUCACUGACAGAGCGAAGCUGGUGCUCAGACUGCGAGUCAGACAGAUUCUGUCCUUCAGCCUUUAAGCCUCGGCAGAAUUUAACUCGCUUAACUGUCGUCAGAAGUGAAGUAAGAACCCGCGGAGCAGAAGCAGGACUAGUGAGUGCCAUUUAAAGCUGAAGACAGAAGCGGGUCCCGGCACCACAGCGGGUCUACACGGACAUUAGCGAUGGAUUUAAGUGCAGCUGUGUGGCUCUUCUGCUCUCUUUUUAUGGCCGCUCGAGCUAACAGUGACCACCACGCCCACUCGCUCAGCGUCUCCACCCCCCACAUGUCCUACAUCUGCCCGGAGGGGGCCAACGUCACACUGGUGUGUGCUCAGUCCGGAGCCAAGGCCCACCCCGCUGAUCACCUGCAGCACGUCUGGCUCUUCACGCCGCACAUGGACCAGCCGUGUCACCCCCGCGAACACCCGCGCCUCCAUGGCAAGACAGGCCAUAGCAACCACUCGCUGGGCGUGGUGUACGGAGCACAGCCAGAGUCAUUCUCUGUCACACUGCUGGAUGUGACGGCCAAUGACCAGGGCAGAUACUGCUGCCUCGCUCUGGACGUGCUAGUAGACCACAAGAUCGGCCGAGUGCAGCAGUCAGCACACAGCUACUUAAUGCUGACUGUUACAAAACGUGGAAAUAAUACUAGUGGGAAGUGCAUACAAUACGACUACAAGCCCUCACAAGGCUCAGUGGCUGCAGGUUUGGCGACAGCUGCAUGCAUUAUGGGUAUUCUAUGUCUGCCUCUUAUCCUGGUGCUGGUGUACCGCCAAAGACAUGGAGUGCACGGGAGCCGACGUGCACACGAGCUGGUCCGAAUGGACAGUGAGGCCCACGGGCACGAGAAUCCUGUAUUUAUGGGAGGUUCCCCUCAGCCCAAAACCCGGACUGUGUCUCAAAUUCUCACUCGCCAGUCAUCUGAAACUGGACGCCACCUACUGUCAGACCCUGGAACCCCCUUUACUCCAAGCACACAUGGUGAUGUGUUCUUCCCUUCACAAGAGCCGAUCCCUGAGUCACCUGACUUCAUGCAGGUGUAGGAUGGAAGAUUCCACAAUCUGUUCUUUCUCAGCCCUCUGGAAGUGCCCUGUGUUUUUUUCUUUUCCCUCCACUUCAUCCCUCUAUCUUUCCUCCCCCGCUUCUAUGACUAGGGGAGAAACACUUACUCUAGGGGAACAUGAAGAUUUCCAUGAACAUUUUCCACCUGCAACAACAGCCAGAGGCCACGAGGAACCUCAUCUCACCUGCUUUACGUUGCAGUGGGGGCGACUGCACCUGUCCAGUGACGACACAGACUGAAUGGAAUGUUCCAUAACGGAGAGUUAUGGGAGUGGUUUUAAAAGAAAGAUGCAAAGAGUGAAACAGUGGUCAUUACUUUCGGCGUAGAUAGAGAUAGAGAGAGAUUGAGUGUUUCACUUUUUCCUGUUUCUCCAAUUCUGUGGUUAGUCACUGAAAGUAAAACCAUUGGAUGCACAUCAUAGUUUAGGGGUGGGCAAUGUGAUGAUAUCAUUAUCAAAGUAUGUUACAUCAUUAUAAGUUUUUGUGGCCUUAUAUAGAGUGUCGGCAGAACAGCUUGCAUGCUUGAAGAGGCUGCCAAUUGGCAUGGCUGUGUAAAGGGUUCGCCCUGUUGUCUGAGGAUUGUUAGACGGCAAGAGAAGAAAAUUUGUACUGCCUUUGCUUUAUUUUUGCCAAAUUUUUGUCCCCAGAUGGUUAUUUCCAAUCACAGGCUAGGUACCCCUAUUACACAAUGCUUCUAAGCUGGGAGUGUGAAGGCUAAACAAACCCUCCUCAUGAAGUGCCACCCCUUUUUUUCAACACUCAGGUGGCACUGCUUGUGCAUUGCGACUGCUCCAACUUCAAACCUCAAUGGUCAUUGUUUAUUGUCAAAAUGUCUUUGAGGAUCAUGAUGCUUUCUGACAUUUUGCCCACCCCUAGUAUAGUUAGGCCUUAAUUUUUUUCAUCAUAUAGCUGAAGACGCCUCAGAGCAUCCAUAAAACCUGCACUUUAAAGUUCUCUUCUUGUCUUUGCUUUUUUUUUCAAAGUACGUUCUGACUAGGCCUGUCACAAUUAUUUAAGCUGACUGCAAUUAUUUUAUCAUUUUAUUUUAAGUAUUUUUCAUGGCUUUGAGACAAAUGCUUGCAUUUGCAUGAAAGAAAGCAGAACAUGUAUUUCUGAGACGUCAUGAGUCUUAGGAAAACAACAAAAGCUAAAUUUCAUGACUGUGACAGGCCUAGUUCAGACUUCCCUCCCUCCCCUUUCAAGCCUCAUAUCCCAAAGUGAGUGCCUCAGUAAUAAAGAACCAUGCGAGCGGAAUGACGGGCCAUUACGCCGAACAUCUCCCCCUGUUGUCUGGUGCUUUCCACAUAGUAGCACGUGUGUUGUGUGUCAGUGAAACACGCUACACACUCUUAAUGUGUGUGUUUGUAGCUCUGAUGGUAAGUUUUUAUUUUUAUCACAGUCAAAACUGCCACAACUGCCAAAGAACUUGCCAUUCUUAGCUUUAAAACAAUGAAAGAAUAUAGGUAUAUGUAAGGUUUUUAUAGCUUUUAUAUUGUAUUUUUAUAAUGCGAAUUCUUAUGUGUGUGAGUGUGUAUGUGAGUACAAAACCUUCAGCAGAAUCUGAAACUUAUUUCACAGUGUAAAGGGUUAUGUACUGUUAAUCAUUUAUUGGGCAAUCAGAUAUUGGGCACUUUUUUAGAUGGAUGGAUGAUUGGCUGAUUGGAUGGACAGUGAUCAAUGGCGGAUCCAAAAAUGUAAAUGAUUGUAUAUUAGGUGUAUUAUUUUUGCCUGGAUUGCUUGUGGAUACGGUCGAUAUGAAAAAAAUGGUCUUAUUAGUAUUCAGUUGCAGCCCAACAGAGCAAGCCUCAGGCUGGGCAAAGUCAGCUUAGGUGGAAGAAACCGCAUGGGUGGAAAAAGCCCCAGCUUGGGCGGAAGAAGCCCCAGCUUGGGCAGAAGAAGCCCCAGCUUGGGCGGAAGAAGCCCCAGCUUGGGCAGAAGAAGCCCCAGCUUGGGCGGAAGAAGCCCCAGCUUGGGCGGAAGAAGCCCCAGCUUAUGCAAAUACUGGCAAACUAGCUAUCUGGCUAAAGCAUCAGUGAGGUAGCUUACAGUAAUGUUAGGUAAAGCAUUUAAGGUUAGGGUUAGAUCCUUUAAUAUAUGAGUGUUAGGAUUAGAGAUAAGUUUAUACACCCCCAACCAAGUUAGCUAGUUAGUUAGUGAUAUUAUCCAACUUCAUUUUAAAGUCUAACUACAAAUCUAACUACAGCACACUUUUUUUUUUUUUGCCCUGUUUUUUUUGCCCUGACAAACUUUUACCAAGCAUUAAUGCUAGUUAACUCACCAGCUCUUUGGCUAGAAAGCUAACCUAGCUAGGUGCUUCUUCUGCCCAAGUUUAGGCCUUGCCGAACCUAGCCCUUGGUCUGCUGAGCUGGACCUAAAUAUCACUCACAGGGUCUGUAUUAUGGCCCGACUGAUAUGAUCAUUUUGGGACAGUUUUGAAUCACUUUAAGAAGCUAAAAAUUGUGCCAACAUAAUAUUGGCUGAUAUAAAAAUGAAAAUCAAAAAUGAAACAGACACCAAUAGUUUCAAGUAAACAAUGUAAUACUGAGAGAUAUGAUUGACAGUUCUCUCAUUUCAGAGGCUUAAAUAAGCAACAGAAACUCAAAAAGUCUCGAAAAGAUAUCAAGAUUGUAGGCUGGGGCAGAGCUUCACAGAAUUCUCAGUGGUUUUGCUGUUUUUUGUUGAUUACAUCUUAUGUUUUUUGUUAUUAUCAUCCAAAAUGACUCAUUUCUAUGAGUGACUCAUUUCUAUGACUACUUUUGGACACAUUUUAUGUGCUUUUUAUUAUUUUAACUGUGAUGGUGUUUUGUGUGUAUAUAUUGCCAGGUUAGCCUAUAAUAAGUGAAUGGGUGGUGUCUGCCAGCUUAGAGGUUUUUAUAAAAUUAAUGGUUUCUUCACAUCAGCGGUGUCUGUUAUUUAAAGAGUGCAACACACCACUAAACAUCGGUGCUAUAUUGGUGGGAUUUAUUCUGGUACUUAUAAAUCCAUGUCCUGAUAUAUCAGUCGGGCCCUAGACUAUUUCUUUCAUUCUUUUUUUGUGUGCAUGUGUAUGUAUGUGUUUUUGUGUGCAAUGCCUUAAUGAGCAAUCAUGUGAAAUGUUAUACAACUGCUGUAAAAAUAUAUUAAAAAAAAAACUUUAUCUUUUUGUUUAUUUUGUACAAUAAAAAAAGGUUCUCAAACAUCA